AUGGAUCCCAGCAGGGAAAAUCUCCUCAAUGGAGCAGAUCAUGGCAGCGACACUGAAUCAGACAUUGACGCAACUGAUUACCUCCACAAGAAUGUCACCACCACUCAAUCCCAGGCUUCAGUCAAUUCUCAGCGUCGAUUGCGACCAACCGGACCCUUCCGACGAUGGCGCACGAAGCGAUGUUGUUUGACCAUCAUCGGUACCAUCGUAGUAGGCUGGAUUCUUCUAUCGGCAAUUGGCGCUUUUGCUUGGAAAAAGAUUAAAACACCACCUGCUGAUGGACAAUCACCACCAUGGUAUCCCAGUCCCAAGGGCGGCACGGCCAAGAACUGGGAAAAGAGUUACGAAUUGGCUGCAAAGUUGGUCGGCAAGAUGACACUGGCAGAAAAAGUCAACAUCACCACCGGAACAGGUUGGAGUAUGGGCUUGGCUGUAGGUACCACAGGCGCUGCGACAAACGUUGGCUUCCCAGCUCUAGCCCUGCAGGACGGACCGCUCGGGAUACGCUUCGCCGACAAUGCGACUGCUUGGCCAGCUGGAAUUACAGUGGGCGCUACGUUUAACAAGAAACUCAUGUACGAGCGUGGAAACGCCCACGGAAAAGAAGCAAAAGGCAAAGGCGUCAAUGUCAUCCUCGGUCCAGCUAUCGGGCCUCUUGGAAGAGCUCCUGCGGGCGGGCGCAAUUGGGAGGGAUUUGGUCCUGAUCCGUACUUACAAGGCAUCGCAGGCGCAGAGACGAUUCGCGGUAUCCAAGAUGCUGGUGUGAUGGCGACUAUCAAGCAUUUCAUCGGAAAUGAGCAAGAGCAUUUCCGACAGGCGUGGGAAUGGGGUCUUCCUAAUGCCAUCUCGUCCAACAUUGACGACAGAACACUGCAUGAGAUUUACGGGUGGCCAUUCCAGAACGCAGUCAAGGCUGGUGUUGCGAGUGUCAUGUGCUCGUACAACAUGGUCAAUAAUUCCUACGCAUGUCAAAACUCAAAGCUUCUCAAUGGUAUUCUUAAAGAUGAGAUGGGCUUUCAGGGUUUUGUCAUGUCGGAUUGGCUGGCGCAGAGAUCUGGUGUUGCGAGUGCUCUUGCGGGAUUGGACAUGAGUAUGCCUGGUGAUGGACUCAAAUGGCAGGACGGUGAUUCCAUUUGGGGACCGCGUCUGACGCAGGCUGUCCUGAACGGAUCUUUGCCUGUGGAUCGACUGAAUGACAUGGCGCUUCGAAUUGUUGCGUCUUUCUACCAGUUUGGCCAAGACAAGGAUGAGAACAAAGGUCCCAACUUUUCAUCUUGGACGUAUGAGGAAAAGGGAGUUUAUGCACCUGGAAGUCCGUCGCCUCAAGAGAAGCAGAUCGUGAAUCACUAUGUGAACGUGCAGGAGGAUCACGCCGAGUUGGCUCGACAUAUUGCCAUCGAGGGGACUGUUCUGCUCAAGAAUGAAGGGGUACUUCCUCUGAGUCGAGAAGGUGACCUUGCCAACUCCAAGUCUGAAAAGAAGGACGAAAAGAUCAAGGUUGGCAUUUUUGGUGAAGAUGCUGGCCCUGGGAAUGGAGUCAAUUUCUGCCCCGAUCAAGGGUGCAAUGACGGUACUCUAGGAUCAGGUUGGGGUAGUGGUGCAGCCGACUUUCCCUUCUUGAUCACUCCUGUAGAAGCUCUACGAAAGAACUUCAACAAAGAAAAGGUUCAAGUCAGCGAAUUUCUGUCCAACAAGGUCAAAGACAUCAAGAAGAUCAAAGAACAGGACGUCUGUUUGGUGUUUGCCAACUCUGACGCAGGAGAAGGGUACAUUGGAUGGAGCAGCGUUCGAGGCGAUCGCAACGAUCUUUUUCUCCAGAAAGGAGGCGACGCGCUCAUCACAAAAGUCGCGGAAAACUGUGGUGACGGAUCUGGUACGACGAUUGUGGUCAUUCACGCUGUUGGACCUGUUGUCAUGGAGAGCUGGAUUGACCACCCGCGCAUCAAAGCUGUGUUGACAGCGAACUUGCCUGGCGAGGAAAGUGGGAAUGCGAUUGCAAGUAUUCUGUUUGGCGAUGAGAGUCCCAGUGGAAAGCUGCCAUACACAAUUGGCAGGUCUCUCGCUGAUUAUGGUGAAGGCGGACAGGUGUUGUAUCUGCCCAACGGGGUGAUCCCGCAGCAAGACUUUAACGAGGGUUUAUACAUUGACUACCGACACUUUGACAAGUACAAUGUCGAUGUCCGAUAUGAGUUUGGCUAUGGAUUGUCGUACACUACCUUUGAGUACAAAGAUCUGAAGAUCUCCCUCAAGGACGCAGUGUCGCAACUUCCAGCCUCGCGCGUCUCGCCAUCAAGUGCGAAACCACCAAAACUGGACGACAAGAUCCCUGAUGUCAAGGAGGGUCUCUGGCCCAAGAACAUCCGCAAGCUGAAGAAGUGGAUUUAUCCCUACAUUGAUUCCGCCGACGAUAUUAAGCAGGGCGACUACCCUUACCCCGAAGGCUACGACGUUGAACAACCACCCUCUCAAGCAGGUGGUGAAGAAGGUGGCAAUCCAGACCUGUGGAAGACGGUAGUGACUGUCUCUGUUGUGGUAACCAACAGCGGCUCUGUAGCUGGUAAAGUUGUGCCUCAAUUGUAUCUUUCGUACCCUGAGACCUCCAAGGUGGACCAUCCUGUUCGGGUCUUGCGCGGAUUCGAGAAAGUUUCUCUUAAGAAGAGUGAGAGCAAGACUGUUGAGUUUGAGUUGACGAGGAGGGACUUGAGCUAUUGGGAUGUUGAAGAGCAGAAUUGGAGGGUCACGGAUGAUGGGGAGUUUACGAUUUCUGUGGGAGAGAGUUCGAGGGAUUUGAAGUUGACGGGGACGUUUAAAGCUAGCACUGCACUCUAG